UGUGAACGUUGCCCUUCUCUCUGUGAUCAAUCUCUCUGAAACAAUCACACACACUGAGAAAAGUGUAACACUGAUAACAAAGAAAAAAUUACAGUUUGAUUAGUAAAUUCAUGAUUUCUGAUUUUAAUAUUAAAGAGCAAGAAGAAAAAUCUUGCUGAGAGCUAAGCAUAACCUCAAAAGUAUAUGGCUGUAUUGUGUAUGAGGGAGUGGCAUUUUGGUAUUUCACUUUAGGGAUUGUUUUUUUACAGCAUAAACUUCGGACCCAUGGAAAAGGUUGACAUUACACAUGUUCCAAAACACACCUAACGAUGAUUCACUUGUGUUGUCCAUUUCCACUGAAACAAAACUACAAUAAUGCUCAAAUGUUUCUAAUGAAAAAAAUACAGGAAUUUGUAACAUCAAUCAUAUAUGCGAGCCAAUGCUGAUGUGUUGUGUUUUUGUAUUUUGAAUGGGAAUAAAACACCUACAUGACCUAUUAUGGCUCUAAAAGGAACUUCUCAGGAUCAAAGGAAUGUGCAACAUAUGUUUGAGCUGAGGAUCAUCCUACUUGGAGGCCGAAAUUCUGGAAAGAGCUUAGUGGGAAACGCUAUCUUAAACCAAGAAGAGUUCAUCCUCCAUGAACGGACCACUUGCCUGAAAAGAAAAGCUGAGGUACAAGGGAGAAGUGUGACGGUGGUGGAUACCCCAGGCUGGUGGUGUGACUUCUCAGCACAAGACACACCAGAGCUGGUCAGGAGGGAAAUCAGACACAGCAUCUGCCUAAGUCUACCAGGGCCUCACGUCUUUCUCCUAGUGGUGAAAACAGACUCUGUGUUCAUAGAAAAGCGGAGGAGAUCCGUAGAAAAGCAUCUUGAGCUCCUCGGAGAAAAGGUUUGGGGUCACGUUCUGGUGCUGUUCUCAAAAAGCAAAAACUUAGGAAAUAAAUCAUUUGAGGAUCAUGUUCAGGCAUCAGGUAAACCCCUCCAGUGGCUCCUGGAGAAGUGCAGUGGCAGGUUUCAUGUUUUUGAUACCCAAAAAACAUGCAAUGCCAGUCAAGUAAUGGAACUGAUGGGGAAAAUCGACAAAAUGGUUGCAGAAAAUGAAAGACAACAUUUUAAAAUGGAUGUAAAGGCUUUAAAGGAGAUAGAGGACAGGAAGAGGGAAGUGGAGCUCAAGGCUCAUCAGAGACUGAUGAAGAUACGCAAACAGAGAUCUACUCUGAAGGUGCACUCAUCUCAACACCACAACAUAAGGCUCGUCCUGCUUGGAGCAAAAGGCUCAGGGAAGAGCUCGACAGGAAACAGCAUUCUAGCAGCAGGAAGUGACCUAAGUUUUACAGCAAAGAAGCGGACCACACGGUGCAUGAACAAAACAUUCACAGUGUUGGGAAGAGAGGUCACAGUGGUGGACACACCUGGCUGGUGGAUGAACUACUUUAUCCAGGAUACUUCAGCUUUCGACAAACAAGAAAUAGCCAACAGUGUUUAUUUGUGUCCACCCGGUCCCCACGCUUUCCUUUUGGUGGUGCGGUUGGACCGGUCAUUCACAGAGAUCUACAGGAGAGCCAUUGAAGAGCACAUAGAGUUUGUUAGUAAGGGUGUCUGGAAUCACUCUAUAGUGCUGUUCACCUUUGGCGACUGGCUUAGUGACACAACCAUUGAGCAGUACAUUGAAAGCGAAGGAAAGACCCUCCAGUGGCUCGUGGAGAGAUGUGGAAACCGCUACCAUGUGCUAAACAACAAGAGCGUUGGGAAUAAGUUCCAGACAGCAGAGCUACUGGAGAAGAUAGAGGAGAUGACAGCAGGAAAUAGCAUGAGACACUUUCAAACAGAUGAGAGUCUUUUUAAAGAGAUUGAGAAAAAACGGCAAGUACAGGAAGACCGGGCAAAGCUGUGGAGUGAAAAUGUGCUGAGACGAAGAGAAAGCUUGAGAGCUUUAAAGAAUCAAGUGCAAUUGCCCUCAGCUAUAAGAGUUUUUCUCCUGGGUGGCAAGCACUCUGGCAAGACGUCAUCUGCAUGCUGCAUUUUGGGUAAUGAUGGACAAGAACCUGACAGCCAAAAACCCAUUAGAGGUACCAUUAUGUCCAACGAGACAAAGGUUGAGAUCAUUGACACACCAGGCUGGACGACUGAGUAUCCAGAUAUCGCAGAGUUCAGCAGGAAUCUUCUCCAUGACUGGGUUACUGGUUCAGCCAGCGGGAUCUGCAUCCUCCUGCUGGUUGUCAAUGCCAGUUCCUCAUUCACGCUAAAGAACCUGAAAGCAGCUCAGGACCAUCUGCGUGUUCUGGGAGGGAAAGCAUGGAGCAGCACCAUUGUGUUGUUCACAAACGGAGACUGGCUCGGUGAUGUUAGUGUGGAGCAGUACAUUGAAAGUGAAGGAGAUGCGCUUCAGACACUGGUGGAGAAAUGCGGAAAUAGAUACCAGGUUUUCAACAACAAGAUCAAAGACAAUAGCACUCAGGUCACAGAACUGAUGCAGAAGAUAGAGGAGAUGGUGUUAGAGAAGAUGCUAAAGAGUGCAGAAAAUCAGGGGAACAUUCAACGACCUCUGGUACAUGACGGAUUGAGGUUCAGAGGAAGGAUACAGAUUGGGGAAGCACAAAUGACCCUCCUUAGAAGCUCUUCAAACAUCCAUCAUGGUGACACUGACAUUCCAGGACAGCAUCAAAUGUAUGGGAUCUCUGAACAUUCGCUCCCAUCUACAUCCAGUGAUCCGAGAAUUACCAUCACUGACUCCAGCCUUUUGCAAACUGAAAAUGAAGCAAUGGCCUGCAGGAGUGUCCAAUUAUCUAGGACCUUGUUACCCAGAAACUUUCAUCGAAGACUAGUAGUGGUGCUCAACAGAUCAGAAUGGUUUCACCCAAAUGAAUCAUGGAUUGGUGUGAAUAGGACAGAUGGGCCUGAAACAGGUUCUCUUGCUGUGCUCCAUGUUUCUCCAACUGAGCAACCAAUGAAUACACAAAGAUUAUUCUGGAACGAAUCACAGGAGGAAAGAUUUUGUGGGCAGGGUCUUCCAUAUUACCACAGCAGUACACCUUACACAGCUCAAACUGCAAAAGAAAGAGCAUUUAUGGAUUUUGUCCAAUCAGAGAGCCUGCAGAACCUAAUUGACCAAUGGGGUGACAGUAACAUUGAGGAGCUGGAGACAUUCAUAGAUUCUUAUUUUGAAAUGGUGUGGCAGGAGACUCUGAAGGAGCCGAAAUGCAGCAGCAUGACAACAAUCAACUGUGAGAAUUCAGGCAUCACUGAGAACGAUCAGAGACUUCUGGCCUCAAUUGACAGUAAACUGUCAAAACUUGACAUCCUGGAGGGAGUUCAAAGAGACUUGCGGGAGCUGAAGCAAAGCAUCAGGCACUGUAGUGGAAUAUUUCAGGAACUGAAGGACAGAAGUAAAGAGACACAUGACCCCAGCAGACCUUCUGAAGCAACUGCGUCAGCAGUAAGCGAGGAAAGGGGUUGAUCAGAUGAAAAGUGAAUGGAGCUUUCCAGUACUGAAAUAACAAAAAUUUACUAAAAAUUAAACAUAUUUGUUAAAAUGGGUCAUGACUAUAACUUCACAAAUCGGAAACAGAAGUUGUGAUAGUCUUUAUAGUCAUAUAUCUGAAUGAAACAACUUCUUGAACAAGAAUAAAUUUAGGGUGGAAUUUGAUUUUUUUCAUCAGGAAUUGAUUGGAUGGUUGUGGUUUGCUAUUGGUCGAUCUCAUGUGAGCUAUAGGUUGCCCCGCCCUCACGCCAGUAAACACGUCAUCAGAGACGAGAAGAGAUGUCGCUACAGAGGAAGGGGAAGUUAUUUUGAAUAAAGAUUACAAGGGCACAUGAAUUUAAAAAACAAAUAAUGAUGUGCAUGGAUAAAUCAUUUAUAAUAAAUACUGCAAUAUUCCACAAAAAAAAAGAAGAA